CUAAUGUAGAGCAGCUGACUGGCAGCCGCUAAGCUGCCAAACCGAGCUGAUCCCAUUUACCCUCCACCGCUAAUCGUCAUUAUCACCAAAUCUCUCUUAAAAAAUCAAUAAAAUAAAAUGAUCCAAAAGGCAGUGAUAUAAAUCAAGUGAAACGACAAGCACUGAAAGAAAGAUCAAGAAUGGGCCAUUUGCAGUUCAAGACAAUGCCCGUGAAACUUCAUUGAUCUUCAAAAUCUUAAUCAAAUCAAGAAAAAAGUUUCAAUCUUGGGUUUUUUAAUCAAUCCUCUGUUUCUUCUUUUAAUCGAAAGAUAUGGAGGCAAAUGGAGGAUUGGUAGCUGGAUCUCAUAAGAGGAAUGAGUUGGUCAGAAUAAGACAUGAUUCUGAUGGAGGGCCGAAGCCAUUGAAGAAUGUGAACGGGCAGAUAUGCCAGAUUUGUGGUGAUACUCUUGGCCUCACUGAAAGCGGUGAUGUAUUUGUUGCUUGCAACGAGUGUGCGUUUCCCGUUUGCAGGCCGUGCUACGAGUAUGAAAGGAGAGAUGGAAAUCAAGCGUGCCCUCAGUGCAAGACUCGAUACAAGAGACACAAAGGGAGUCCUCGUGUUGAUGGUGAUGACGAUGAGGAUGAUGUCGAUGACUUGGAGAACGAGUUUAAUUAUGCUCAAGGGAACGGAAAAACACGACACCGAUGGCAAGGAGAAGACACCGAUCUUUCUUCAUCUUCUAGACAUGAAACUCGACAACCAGUUCCCCUACUCACUAGCGGGCAACAAGUAUCCGGUGAAAUUCCAAGUGCCACACCCGACACUUUGUCCAUAAGAAGUACAUCUGGUCCGUUAGGCCCUGGUGACAAGCACGUCCACUCACUUCCAUAUAUUGAUCCUAGGCAACCAGUUCCUGUAAGAAUUGUGGACCCAUCAAAGGACUUGAAUUCUUAUGGGCUUGGUAACGUCGACUGGAAGGAAAGGGUAGAAGGGUGGAAGAUAAAACAGGACAAAAAUAUAAUGCAAAUGGCAAACAGAUACAGUGGUGAAGGAAGAGGCGGUGAGAUUGAAGGCACAGGAUCAAAUGGAGAAGAACUGCAACUGGUUGAUGAUCCUCGGCAAUCAAUGAGCCGUGUGGUGCCUAUUUCAUCUUCUCAUCUAACUCCCUAUCGUGUUGUGAUUAUCUUGCGGCUGAUUAUCUUGGGCUUUUUCUUGCAAUACCGUUGCACUCAUCCGGUUAAAGAUGCUUAUCCGUUGUGGCUCGUAUCUGUCAUUUGUGAGGUUUGGUUUGCAUUAUCUUGGCUUCUGGAUCAAUUUCCGAAAUGGGCACCUGUUGAACGUGAGACCUACCUUGAUAGGCUUGCAUUGAGGUUCGAUAGGGAGGGAGAGCCUUCGCAGUUGGCACCUAUAGAUGUCUUUGUGAGUACGGUGGAUCCUUUAAAAGAGCCUCCCCUCGUGACUGCAAACACCGUGUUAUCAAUUCUUGCUGUCGAGUAUCCUGUCGACAAAGUCUCGUGCUAUGUAUCUGAUGACGGUUCUGCGAUGCUCACAUUUGAGUCCCUUUCCGAGACAGCAGAGUUUGCGAGGAAGUGGGUCCCAUUCUGCAAGAAGCAUUCCAUCGAGCCUAGAGCCCCCGAGUUCUACUUUGCUCAGAAGAUAGAUUACCUGAAGGACAAGAUUCAACCUUCUUUCGUCAAAGAACGAAGAGCAAUGAAGAGAGAAUAUGAAGAAUUUAAAGUGCGGAUCAAUGCGCUUGUAGCCAAAGCCCAAAAGAUGCCGGAAGAAGGUUGGACAAUGCAAGAUGGAACUCCUUGGCCCGGAAAUAAUCCCCGAGAUCAUCCGGGAAUGAUACAGGUGUUUUUGGGACACAGUGGAGGUCUUGACACCGAUGGCAACGAGCUACCUCGUCUCGUUUAUGUUUCUCGUGAGAAACGUCCAGGCUUCCAGCAUCACAAGAAAGCUGGUGCAAUGAAUGCUUUGAUUAGGGUUUCGGCUGUGUUGACGAAUGGUGCGUAUCUUCUGAAUGUCGAUUGUGAUCACUACUUCAAUAACAGCAAAGCUCUUAAAGAAGCCAUGUGUUUCAUGAUGGAUCCUGCUUACGGGAAGAAGACAUGUUAUGUUCAAUUCCCGCAAAGAUUCGAUGGCAUUGAUUUGCAUGAUCGAUAUGCCAAUCGCAAUAUUGUCUUCUUCGAUAUCAACUUGAAAGGGCUGGAUGGCAUUCAGGGACCGGUUUACGUGGGAACGGGUUGUUGUUUCAACCGACAAGCUCUUUACGGGUAUGAUCCUGUUUUAACGGAGGCCGAUUUGGAGCCAAACAUCAUUGUGAAGAGCUGUUGUGGUUCACGAAAGAAGGAAAGAAACAGCAACAAGAAGUAUAUCGAUAAAAAAAGAGCAAUGAAAAGAACGGAAUCAACGACUCCCAUUUUCAAUAUGGAAGAUAUCGAAGAUGGCAUUGAAGGAUACGAUGAGGAUAGAUCGUUACUUAUGUCUCAAAAGAGCUUAGAGAAGCGGUUUGGUCAAUCUCCAGUGUUCGUUGCUGCAACGUUUAUGGAGAUGGGCGGCAUUCCGCCCACCACGAAUCCUGCUACCCUUCUGAAGGAGGCGAUACACGUGAUUAGCUGCGGUUACGAGGACAAAACCGAGUGGGGCAAAGAGAUUGGAUGGAUUUAUGGGUCGGUGACAGAAGACAUUUUGACGGGAUUCAAGAUGCACACAAGGGGAUGGAUCUCGAUAUACUGCAUGCCUCCACGUCCGGCGUUCAAGGGUUCUGCUCCGAUCAAUCUUUCCGAUCGUCUGAACCAAGUUCUCCGGUGGGCUUUAGGUUCAAUCGAGAUCUUAUUGAGCAGGCAUUGCCCCAUUUGGUAUGGGUAUAAUGGUAAAUUGAAACUCUUGGAAAGGCUUGCAUACAUAAAUACCAUCGUCUAUCCUCUCACUUCCAUCCCGCUGCUUGCUUACUGUGUACUUCCGGCUGUCUGCCUUCUCACCGGAAAAUUCAUCAUUCCCGAGAUAAGCAACUUUGCUAGUAUGUGGUUUAUUCUUCUCUUUAUCUCCAUUUUUGCCACCGGAAUCUUGGAGCUCCGGUGGAGUGGCGUAAGCAUCGAAGACUGGUGGAGAAACGAACAGUUUUGGGUCAUCGGUGGCACUUCGGCUCAUCUCUUCGCCGUCUUCCAAGGUCUUCUCAAAGUCCUCGCCGGAAUUGACACCAAUUUCACCGUCACAUCGAAGGCCAACGACGAAGAUGGCGACUUUGCCGAACUCUACAUUUUCAAAUGGACUGCCCUCCUCAUCCCGCCCACCACCGUUCUCAUCGUAAACUUAGUCGGCAUUGUCUCUGGUGUUUCGUCGGCAAUCAACAGCGGCUACCAGUCGUGGGGACCCUUAUUCGGGAAACUGUUUUUUGCUAUUUGGGUCAUUGUUCAUUUAUACCCGUUUCUCAAAGGUUUGUUGGGUCGCCAAAACCGAACCCCGACUAUCGUCAUCGUGUGGUCGAUUUUGCUUGCUUCGAUUUUCUCCCUUUUGUGGGUCCGCAUCGACCCCUUUACGACAGACGACAAGCUUGAUGCCAUUAGAGGUCAAUGUGGGAUCGAUUGUUAAGUAUAUAAAUGUGAAAAAGUUUUCCGAGUUUGAUAUUAUGUAAUGGAUAUGAUCUAGUUAUUCGAUUUAUCGUCUUUAUCUCU